AUGUCCCUGGAGUCGGAUGAGAGCGACGUUGAGCACCUGCCAAAGUUCACUUUUCUAAAACAACAGCCUCCUGCGGUAAAAAGCAGCAGCCGCUGCCAGCCUCCUUCAAAGGAGAGAGUUGUGGUGAUCUGCAGCUCUGACUCUGAGGAAUCCUCUCCUCCUUCCCCGGGGUUGGAAAAGUGCCCUGGUAACCAGGAUUCUGACCGAGUCAGCGCUUGUAAGGAUGCGAUUGCAAGGCUGAGCAGUGAGAGUGAGGAGGAAGAGGAGAUAAUACCCUUGUCUGAAAGACUAAGGGGGAAAUUGGUGAACAGCAAGUCCUCCAAAAUUAGUAUUUUGCUUUCUGAGGACCAGCAACUGAGUAGCUGUGAUGCAGUGUGUAAAGCUAGGGGUACUGUGCUCCGUCAGAACUAUGAACAAGUGGUUACUGACUGCAGAGAACAGUUGCUGCCAAAGGCUUCUGACACCCAGACAAGAACCCCUGUCUCAUCCUGGGAAAUUUCAGCUAGUGACCAAGAUGAUGCCACAGAGGAUUCCAAGAGGGUACCUUUGCACCAGCCUCCAGUUUGUCUGUCAGUCUCUCCAGCCCAGAGUAGCAGGUCUCUGGUGGCAGAGGCAAGUUCAGAAAUGUGCCCUCCUCAGAAGAAGUCAAAACACAGCCAGGAGGAGAGAGAGAGGGCUCGCCAGGCUGCGUUGCAGAGGAGGAGAGAGCGGGAAGUGCAGAAGGGGCAGCGGGAGCAGGACCGAGAGAGGAAAAAGGCACUUGCCAACAUGCUGAAGGCCCAGCGACCAGAAGAGUGCCUGAAGCACAUAACUGUGGUGCUGGAUCCAGUUCUCUUGCAGGUAGAAGGAGGUGGGCAAGUCCUCAGUGCUUUGCAGUCCAUGAACUGUGGCUGUGUGAUUGAGAGUCAGGCUGUUCCCUGUAGCAUCACCUGGAGGAGGAGGAGGGCUGGGUCAUCUCAGGUUGAAGAAGGCAGCUGGAUAGAAGAACCCAAUAUCCUCAUUCUGCUUCGCCUGGAGGAUUUUGUAUCCAUGAUCUACAGCUACAGGCAGGAAGUCCAGGGUGGCACAGAAGGACCGAAAGAGACUUUACGGAGCUUCGUAGCUUGUGUCAUGGAGAGAGCUCCUGGGAAAACUCUAGCACUGGCUGUAGUUGAACUAGAAAAAUAUUUCAGAUCUCACAAAGUUCAGUCCCGGAAGAAGCUGCGGCAGGCAGUGCUGAAUGGAAGCCAAGUAGAAGGACAAGGGAAACGGAAAAAACGGAAGGGAAAGGGGGAUUCUGGCCCAGAGCUGUCCAGGGUAGAAGUGGAAGAAGCAUUGGUGGAUCUGCAGCUUCACACAGGAGUCCAGGUUAGAAUCCUCGAGAGUUGGAAGGAACUUGGAGACUUUGCCAGUAUGUUCACCAAAGCUGUAGCUGAAGCACCAUUCAAGCAAGAGCGAGACAAGACCAGCUUCUCCUUCUACCUGGAGAGUGAAUGGUGUAGGGGGGUGAAGGUGGACCGCUCAGGGAAGGGACUCUCGCAGGUUUGGAAGAGGCAGAUCCAACAGUUCAACCGGGUCAGUCUGGAGAUGGCCAGUGCCGUUGUGGCUGCAUACCCUUCUCCUCUGCUUCUGGAUCAGGCCUAUCGUAGAUGCCUUUCAGAGCGGGAGCAACAGAACAUGCUCGCUGACAUACCUGUGCGCCGUGGCAAUGGUGUAACGGCCACGUCACGUCGGAUUGGACCAGAACUCUCCAAACGGAUUUACCUGCAGAUGACCUCUCACCAUCCUGAUCUCUCUCUGGAUGUCACUGGCUAGCCCAAGAGAACAUGGAUUUUACUGGUUGCCUGGUUAAACGUAUUCAUCUCCCUUCUAGGAGGAAAAGUGUAUUAACUAAGAAAUGGGAGUCUUGGGUCUUGCUUGUAAAGACUUAACAUCUCCUGUUUCUGAAGCCUGAAAUGCUCUACAGGCAGUGUUUUCAGAAGGCACUGAAACAUUUUCCUUGGCCAAGGUGCUGUGAUACUGCCCUCAAGUGCAGUAGUGAGAGUUUCUUUCUGCCUGUGAUAAAUUGCAUUUUCUGUCCUGGGCAUAAAUCUUCUCUACUCUUCCAAGUAGGUGGUUUGCUCUAGGACCUAUUAGGAUUGCUGUAUAGGGCCAGCUCUCCUCUACAUGAGCCAAGCUAUUUCCACUGUCAUCCUUUAAGGAAAUCAGCUGCUACUAUUUGUCCUUUCCCACACCAGUGAGUUUUAAAAAACAAAACCGAAUGCUAGUACUGGAGAGACAUUGGCUCAUUCAUAGCUGUCUAAUAACACUUGCUCGGAAACAGCACAACCCUAUAGUCUAUUAGAAUGGGAGAAUUUUAUUUCUGGUAUAGAAAGAAAGAAUUCCCCCCACCCCUCAACAAUGAAAGAUGUUUUGUACCCCACUCAGGUACAAAGUUUAGACCUGCACUGACUCAAAGGCUCCAGCUUGACCUAUGGGGGCCUGAAGUGUGAUUUAUGGAUUAGAGAAUGAGUGGAGCUCUAAUGGGCUUUAUUUGCAGCAAGAGAUGCUUUAAGCUAGGGAGCAUCUGCCUUUGGAUAUGUGCACUUCACUUCCCCUGAAGCCAUCAGCACUCAAAUGCAUGUGUGAGAGCAGCUGAGGUCUUUCAGUAUUCAUGUAACAAAGCAAUUAUUGAAAUGAGUACUAAGUAAAGUCAAAUGCUAUGCAAUGUAUAUAACUUAUUGCACUAGUG